AUGGCGGCGCGGAGCGGCGGGACCUGGCGCCGGGGUGAGAGACCCUCCCGGGACCGGCCCCUCCGGGGGCUGCGGCAGGGCUGCCCUCCCCCGGGGCGGGCGUCGGGCCCGCGCCCCCGGGCCCCCCCCCGCCAGCAGCGCGACCGCAGGGCGGGCGGGGGCCGCGGGCCCAGCGCGGAGGACGGGUACACGCGGCUGCUGCGGCAGCAGGUGGAGCAGGUGUUCCGGGAGCACCGCCUGGUCGCCGUCUGCCAGUACAACUCCCUGCCCGGGGAGGACGUGGUGCUCAUGAGGCAUUACCUCCGGAAGCACGGCAUUGAGGUCAAGUUCAUCCUCAACGAGAUCAUCAGACCCUUCCUGUCCCAGUCCAAGUACAAGAACCUGCUCCCUCUCUUUGUGGGCCGGAAUGUCCUGCUGGUGAGCCAGGACACCAAGGUGAAGGACAUGCUGCGGGUGCUGAAGGGAGUGCCCCAGAUCAACCUCCUGGGUGCCUGCAUCGACGACACCAUCCUGAGCAGGCAGGGGGUGGAGAACUUUGCCAAGCUGCCCUCCCUGGAGGCUGCCCAAGGCCAGACAGCAGGUGCCCUGGCCCUCCUGCCCUCCCAGACCUCCUCCCUGCUCCAGCGUGGCCCCGCGCACCUCACGGCUCUCCUGGACCAGCACAUCCUGCAGCUGCAGGCUGGGCAGGCAGGGACCCCCCCUGAAACACCCCCUGCCCAGAGCUCAGGGGCUCACUGA